UGGAGUGAGUGACACAUACUAAACUUACAUCAGUAUAACUGAUUCACAAUAAGCUCAAGAGGCUGUAUUUAUUUUACCUAAGGUUGUUGCUAGAAAACCUGUGUCUAAUUAUGGUUAAAAAAAAAUCACUGUUGAUUAUUGCUUUUACAAAACUGAUGCAUUUCUUUACAGGAGGGGAACCUGACUGGUCUGCCAAUGCUGCUUGAUAAUUACUCUCCUGCCAUGGAGGGACUUCCCAUGUUCAGUCUGCUUUUAGCCACUGAGGUGAACUGUGAUCGAGAGGAGUGUUUAGAAUGCAGUCACUUCUAUUCCAUAAGGAAACGAUACACAGUGGAGCCGGAUGCAGAAGAGCCGCAGGUAGUUCAAAUGUUACACACAAAAACCAGAUGGAAGGAGGAGCAUGUGCUUUUCAAAGCCCCCCGCUCUCUCUUCAGUCCUCCAAAACACUUCAGUGAAGACGGCAGUGUUCUGCAGAUCGCCAGACUGCCAGAACUCUACAAAGUCUUUGAAAGAUGCUGAAUUUUAGUACUGUUGUUCUGUGUAAUGGUUUCAAUGCUGUACUAUCAAAAAUGGCUGUGUUUUGUGGGACAGCUGACUAACUCAAAAUGACUGACAGCGGUAAACAGCCUGUCACAUUAUUUUAGAUGACUAGCUAACAUUAAACCAAGAAUGUAUAGAUAUUUGUACUGCAAAUGAA